CGUCUUCGGAGCCCGCCGAGAGGGCUCCCCGGUCCACCGCAGGCUCCUAGCGGCGUUUAGCCUCGGAACGGCUGCGGCAGUGACAGGGCCUGGUGGUCGGGCGGCCUGUGCUUCCCUCUCCCCCUCGCCAAGAUUCCUAGUUCUGCGGGAGGCGCCGCCUAGGGGACCAGAGCCGCGGCGCUAGCAUGGGAAACAGUGCCCUCCGCGCUCAUGUGGAAACGGCGCAGAAAACUGGGGUCUUUCAGCUUAAGGACCGCGGGCUGACCGAGUUCCCUUCAGAGUUACAGAAGCUGACGAGCAAUCUCAGGACUAUCGACUUAUCCAACAACAAGAUCGAGAGCCUACCGCCUACGAUCAUAGGGAAGUUCACGCUGCUGAAGAGCCUCUCCUUGAACAACAAUAAACUGACUGUUCUUCCUGGUGAGUUAUGCAAUCUGAAAAAACUAGAGACACUAAGCCUAAACAACAAUCACUUGAGAGAGUUGCCGUCUACCUUUGGGCAACUGUCUGCCCUCAAGACCCUGAGCCUCUCUGGGAACCAGCUGCGAGCACUUCCACCCCAACUUUGUAACCUACAGCACCUGGAUGUGGUGGAUCUCUCCAAGAACCAGAUUCGGAGCAUACCUGACACAGUGGGGGAGCUGCAGGUCAUCGAACUCAACCUCAACCAGAACCAGAUAUCUCAGAUUUCAGUAAAGAUAUCUUGCUGUCCUCGCCUUAAAGUUCUUCGCCUGGAAGAGAAUUGCCUUGAGCUCAGCAUGCUUCCACAGAGCAUCCUCAGUGAUUCCCAGAUAUGUCUGCUUGCUGUGGAAGGCAACCUUUUUGAAAUAAAGAAACUUCGAGAACUAGAAGGCUAUGAUAAGCCACAGGCUGCAUGGAUAGUCCUAUUUGUCAACAGGAUUUGUUUUCCAUUUCAGAGUACAUGGAGAGGUUCACGGCCACCAAGAAGAAGUUUGCUUGAUGUUCUCCACAAGCAUGGGAACCCUUGUAGGAUGUUGAUUUGGAACCUGCUGCAAUCUGGCUGAAGCAAAGGCUCCUGUUGCUGUCAAGAACGCCUGCAGUAAGGAGCUGAUAGUCCAGGAGAUUAUAUUGCAUUUGAUCUCUUUCCUUUCCAGAGCUUACCUUAAAUAAGCUAAAAGGACUCAACAGACAGGAAGAAUUCUGUGUUUUGAGUCAUGAAUAGGAAAUGGACAAUGUUGGUCUUCAAAUCAUUAGUUUGGUUUUAAGAAACCAACAGCUAGUUGCUAUUUAUACAGUGAGGGGAUGCUGCCUGGUAACAGAAUAGCUCCACGUCACAGCUUGAAAUUUCAUGUGUAGUUGCAAUGAGUGAGCUUUCAUAAAAUCAGCUGCCAUCCCACUUCUGUGUUAACAUUUCCCAUUUUUAUGAUAUUGAAAUAACUUGUUGAAAGGCUGCUAUGGUUAAUCUAAGGAUCUGUGUUUUGUUCCAGUCCAUCAGUUCAAUUAUAGUAUUUAUACUUGGAAUUUAGGAUGUACUUAUAUAAUUGUGUGACUGUCUUGAUUAAAAGUGUACCUUGUCAGAGAAGCUUCAAUACAACACUAAGAUGUUCCCAAGGCUGCAGUAGCAACUUCUUUACUAUUGCAGGUGCCUUACUGGUAGAGGGCUCUGAAGAGCUAAAACCAUAUAUGCAAAACUUGUAAGAUACAAGGAUUUUAAUAAUCAAGAUUUUCCUGAAGUUUUGUUAAAAAUAACCUUAUUUCUGGUAAUCUUUUUCUCCUUUUUAUAUUUUAUAACUCUACUAAUCAAAUUACCUGUCAAAAAGCAACUGUAGUAUUUUAAAACAACCUAUGUAUAUCAAGUUUAUUCUCUGAAUGAGAGAAUAUAUUAAAUAAAGAAUUUUUAAUGAA